ACUGGCGUUUAUGGCAUGGCAGAGGAAGGAUCCGUCGGAAUAGGAGAAACCGAAGAAGAAGCGGCAGAGAUCGGCGAUUUCUCCGGCAGCGACCACCAGAUCUCUGACCUGCGAAGAAGAAGCUGAUUGGAAUAAAUCUCGUUUUCGUGGGCUGGAAUCGAUGGGGAAAGGCCCGCUAUCGUUUCGCCGUCUUUCGAGCAUCCGUCGCCGGAAGAAAGGUUCUGCGGUUAAAGAUGACGCUUCUCAGACAUCGACGCCUUCAUCUCCACCGCCUCCUCCGCCGAUUAAUGCAGGCGGACAAAUUGUGGGAGGGACUGGGAAGGCGAAGAAGAAAGCCGGAGGAGCUAGGCUGUGGAUGAGGUUUGAUCGGACUGGUGCCAUGGAGGUGGUAGAGUGCGACAAGAGUACAAUCAUCAAACGUGCUUCUGUUCCCGCUAGGGAUUUGAGGAUUCUUGGCCCUGUCUUCUCUCACUCUUCUAACAUUCUCGCUAGGGAGAAAGCUAUUGUUGUGAAUUUAGAGGUCAUAAAGGCAAUAGUUACUGCAGAAGAAGUGUUGCUGUUGGAUCCUCUCCGUCCUGAAGUUCUUCCAUUCGUUGAACGACUAAAGCAACAGUUUCCUCAGAGGAAUGGGACUGACAAUCGACCACCAGAUCUCUGA